UUGAAGCCCCAGUGCUCUCUAGCUCCUCCGAUGCAGCGAAGUCGCUCAGGUGACGCUUGUUCCUGUUUUAGUGGUGUGUGCCCCCUCCAUGACCGCCGUCUAUCCUCAGAUUCAUCAGGCCAGGUGACCUCUUCGCCCUUGGGAUCACCAACCUCCCACCGUGGAAUGCACCCAUCUCUACUCAGCCCAACGUCCAUGGGGCCCUCAGGCCCUCUCCACUCUCCCAUCAGUACGCUGAGCUCUCCAAUGAAUGGCCUGGCUUCACCCUUCUCUGUCAUCAGCUCACCCAUGGGCCCUCACUCCAUGAACUCACCUGGCAUGGGCUACGGUCCUAGCGUUAGCCCCCAGAUGUUCCAGCUGAACUCUCCAAUGAACUCUGUCAGCAGUACGGAGGACAUAAAGCCUCCACUGGGCCUCAACGGCGUGAUGAAGGUGCCUGCCCAGCCCUCGAGCACAGCUCUGUCACUCACCAAACACAUCUGCGCCAUCUGCGGUGACCGCUCCUCAGGUAAACACUAUGGAGUCUACAGCUGCGAGGGCUGCAAAGGUUUCUUCAAAAGGACUGUCCGCAAAGACCUGACCUACACCUGUCGUGACAACAAAGACUGUGUCAUUGAUAAACGCCAGAGGAACCGCUGUCAGUACUGUCGCUACCAGAAGUGUUUAGCCAUGGGCAUGAAGAGAGAAGUUUUGUUACAUGCAGCCGUUCAGGAGGAGCGCCAGCGAGCCAAGGAGAAAAAUGAGAACGAGGUGGAGUCUACCAGCUGCGCCAACGAGGACAUGCCCGUGGAGAAGAUCCUGGAAGCCGAGGAAGCAGUAGAACCUAAAACCGAGACCUACAUCGAGACCAACCUCGGUGUGCCAUCAAACUCGCCCAACGACCCAGUGACAAAUAUCUGUCAAGCAGCUGACAAACAACUUUUUACCCUGGUUGAGUGGGCUAAAAGAAUCCCCCACUUCUCUGAGCUGCCGCUGGACGACCAGGUCAUCCUUCUACGAGCAGGUUGGAACGAGCUCCUCAUUGCAUCAUUUUCGCACCGCUCAAUAGCGGUUAAAGACGGGAUUCUGCUGGCAACGGGGCUGCACGUUCACCGCAACAGCGCCCACAGUGCCGGAGUGGGAGCCAUCUUUGACAGAGUGCUGACAGAGCUGGUGUCAAAGAUGAGGGACAUGCAGAUGGAUAAGACAGAACUGGGGUGCCUUCGAGCUAUUGUCCUUUUCAACCCAGACUCUAAAGGUCUGUCCAACCCAGGCGAAGUAGAAGCUCUGAGAGAGAAAGUCUACGCGUCUUUAGAGGCCUACUGCAAACAGAAAUACCCAGAGCAGCCUGGCAGAUUUGCUAAGCUGUUGCUGCGAUUGCCUGCACUGCGCUCCAUCGGUCUUAAGUGUCUAGAGCACUUGUUCUUCUUCAAGCUCAUCGGCGACACGCCCAUUGACACCUUCCUUAUGGAGAUGCUAGAAGCCCCACAUCAAAUGACAUAAUAGAGGUGAGGGGUUGAACCCUCUUUACCUCCACCCAACCCUCCUCAUCAGCCUUGGAUCACGAGGGGGGCCUUUUUCCUUCUUUUUUUUAAAAAAUAAAAAAUGAAAAAUCUCCAGCAAGGGACAAAUCACAAGACAGCCUUGGAUGGAGAACCUCCCCCUUCCUCCCUCUUUUUCUCCUCCUCCGUCCCUUCUACCCCCUCGCCUCGCUUAGAUGUUUUCAAACAAUGAAUCCGUCACGCCCAUGGGUCUGUUUUAUACCUUGUAAAAAAUAUAAAUACGAAUAAGAAAUGUUAUAUAAGAAAACCACGCAGCAAGACGAGUGACAACGGUGGACUGAAAUGAGGACGGACAGAGGACAAAAGAAACAUAUUGAGCCAUUGUUUUCAUCAUCACUUUUCCUACACCUUGACAAGAAAAAGCUGAGAUGAUCAGGUUUUAACACAUAAAGACAGAA